UACCACACUUAAGACAACACCACAUGAUAUCUCAUCUCCAUUCCCACCAUCCAUUAAUGAUCAUUUCUCUUGGAGUUUGGUUUCCAUAUAAUUUUGAAAGUUAUAAAUACUCUUCCUCUUACCUUCACAAACAACCCAAGUCACUGGACUCAUCGAGUAUCAGAUAUAUUCGUAGAUCUGAGAUCUCUGCCUUGUUCUUCUUCCUUCAAACAAGCACACAAAAUGGGUUUCCAUUUGCUUGCUAUUCGACGGGCAUCAUUCACAACCAGCCAAGCAGCUUCAAAAUCCGUAGAAGUUCCAAAGGGCUAUCUUGCAGUCUAUGUUGGAGAGAAAAUGAAGCGAUUUGUGAUUCCAGUGUCAUACUUGAACCAACCUUCAUUCCAAGAUUUGUUGUGCCAAGCUGAGGAAGAAUUUGGAUAUGAUCAUCCCAUGGGUGGCCUCACAAUUCCUUGCAGUGAAGAUGUCUUCCAACAUAUAACUUCUCGCUUGAAUGGACAAUAAAGCUCACACUUUAGGAGACUGACAUAGAUUAGUUGAGAAAUUUUUUACAAUAGGCGUAUUCUCUGACCUGUAACAAUUGUUACCAAUUUUUGAGUAAUGACAACGAAUUCAAUUGCUAAAUGUUUCUGUUUAUCAAUUACAAUGUUCACUACUUCACCCAUCCCUGCAAUUUGAAUGGUAUA